AUGCGGAUUUUGAGUGUUAAGGAUGUCUUCAGUGCCCCAUGGCUGAGUUCCUUACAAGCAGAUGUGAUCUCGAAAAGGGGUGUAAAUGAUAGACGCACUGGGCUGAACAAGGAGAAAAGUGGUGGUCUUGGCAAGGUCAAGCUCUCAAAGCUGGGAAGAGAUGGCCCCUGCGGCGAUUCACGUGAUCCCGUGACUCCCGCCUUGAUGCAAACCGCCGGUUGUCACUUCAGCGCUGUCCACAUCGACCUGGAGACAAUCGUGUGA